CAGUUCAUGAAUUAUAACCUCUCGUCUUCACUUUUCUACAAUGUUGAGUUACAUAUCGUUAGGGAAAUCAAGACAAACACAAUCGUAACAACAGUCAAUUGAGCCAUUGUCUGACACAACAAGUCCUGUUAUGAUAUUCAUAAUUCUACUAUCGCCUGGGUCGUGUCGGUAGUCACAUCUAAACGUGGCAUGUCCAGGGCAAAGUCAUUGUCUCUUCGUCUGUCUAUUGUUGUCCAUUACUAUAUAUGUGUUCACAUGUAAACUGUUAGUCUGUCUAUUGUUGUCCGGGCGGUCGGUUAGCCUAGUGGUUAAAGCGUUCGCUCGUCACGCCGAAGACCCGGGUUCGAAUCCCGACAUGGGUACAAUGUGUGAAGCCCAUUUCUGGUGUCCCCCGCCGUGAUAUUGCUGGAAUAUUGCUAAAUGCGGCGUAAAACCAUACUCACUCACUCACUCACUAUUGUUGUCCAUUAAUAUAUAUGUGUUCACAUGUAAACUGUUAGUCCGUCACGUCAACGCCAGAGAUUAUUUCUGAAUAAAAUUCAGUUAGAGAAAAAGACAAGACAAUGAAGAAGUGUAUAUGAAUGGAAAUCACUGUGAAUCAUUGAUUACAAGAAGUCAUUUUCAUACUUACACUACGUGGAAAUUUAUGGGUUUUUGUUGUUGUGUUGAAAGACUCGUAUUUGUGUUGUGGAUAUAUAACUAUUAAAAGAAGAAAAGGUUGAACUUCUACAGUCAUACUGUUCUCUACAGCAUUAGUUGAUCAUACCAAAAUCAUAUGACGGGUUUGUCAGCUAAGCUGAGUUUAGGCAUGGUGUACCCUUUUCUAGCUUUUGUUACUAGCAUUUCUUUGUAACUCCAUCAACAGAACUGAAAGUUGAACCUAUUCAAUGUCUGCCACCAGACACUUCAUACUGUCAUACUGGAGACGUGUCAAUGUAAUUUCCAACUUGUUCACAACCAGGAUAUUGGUACAUGUUGAUCAGGCUACCUCCCCUACAAAAGGUAUGGAGGUUAUAUACCGUGGCACUGUGACAGUGCUAUGUGUUGCUAUAGAGUGGCAGGAGUUACCUCCCCUACAUAAGGCAUGGAGGUUAUAUACAGUGGCAGUGUAACAGUGUAGUGUGUUGCUGUAGACUGACAUGAGUUACCUCCCCUACAUAAUGUAUGGAGGUAAUAUACCAUGGCAGUGUAACAGUGUGGUGUGUUGCUGUAGACUGACAUGAGUUAACUCCACUGAGUAAGGCAUGUAGCUUUCAUACAGUGACAGUGUAACAGUGUAGUGUGUAGUGCUGUAGAGUGACAUGAGUUACCUCCCCUGUGUGAGGCAUGUCGUGCACAGUAUCCCAGCAGGUGGCAGUGUAACUGUGUUUUGUGUUGCUGGAAAGACAGGAGUUAUCUUCCCUUUGUGAGGGGGGUGCACAGUGUCAAAUUAUGUUGAUAUAAAAAGACACUCCAGUCGAAGUGACAUCUUUUGGUUCUAUUUAGUGUUAUAACUGUGUAUAACUGACUGUGAAAUAAGUACAUUGUUUUCUUCCUUUUAGACCAAAUGCAGUCAAGGCUCUGACGACCUCAAUUCACCAAGCAAACAGUUGGCAAAUAUACAUUUAUCAGUUUAUGAGGAGUACUCAGACAAAGAAGAAGAGAAACACUGUCAGGGAGAUGGCGGAGUCAUCAACACCCGAGGAGAUGCUGUCCUCUGAUGAAUCAUCAGGUGAACUCCGGGCAGACAUCCCUGAUCAUAACCUCAUUCUAUAUGUAACUGAGGCACGUGUUCUGAGAGUCGAGUUCACAAACUGCCAGUCAUGGCCUCAUGAGACAUCCUGGACCUGUACUCCCACUCAAAACCUAUCUCUUAAUAAAGAGUUCUGUCCACAGUUGGGAAAGUUGAAGGAAAGAUGGGAGUCUCGCGGUGAGCAUCUGACCAGCAUUCACAGCGGAAGUUUGAUAUUUGUCUUCGGACAUGACACGGAGUUUAAAGCAAUUCAGAUGGUGGCUAGACAUUUGGAAAUAAAAAAAGCCAUUUUGCUAUUUCUUCACGAGAUCGGCUCACAAGUGGAAGACAUCAAUAUGAAACCUGUCGUACAGAAGGCAAAGAGAACAGCAAGGAGGACAGCAAAGGGAACAGCAAAGAGAACAGCAAGGAGGACGACAAAGGGAACAGCAAAGAGAACAGCAAGGAGGACAACAAAGGGAACAGCAAAGAGAACAGCAAGGAGGAGAGCAAAGAGACAGAGACAGCAGAAAGAGUCUGGUCCAAUCAAUACUGGAUUGGAUGGACAUAGCACCGCAAUACUUUCCAAUGCAUCCGGCAUACAAAACGUCCAGGAAAUGCAUCAAGGGAAUAUACAUAUCAGUGGAGACGUUUUCUACGUCAACUGUGUAGGUGGCACACAUGAAACAAGCUGGCACUGCAAUCCUGCGCCCAACAGACAAGUCCCCAGGGAGUCAAUUCGCCGCUUUAGCAGAAGGAUCAGAGAGUUGUUUCGUGCUAGACUAACGAGGUUGGCUCGGGGAUGUCUGAUAUUUUCUUUCGCAUAUACGACCAGUGAGGAUGCAAUUGACAUGAUUGUUAAACACAGGAAGGUCAAGAAGGUCUUCCUUGACUUCAUGCAGGAGCUGGACCCAUCAAUUGAGGACAUCAGAAUAGAGGUGGUGUUGCGGGAGUUGAGUGUGUCUGAGGAGCAGACAACACAGAUAACAGGAAAGCAGAAAAAAACAGGCAAAUCAGGGAUUAUGGCGUCAACGACUGAAGAAGAUGGCGCUUUCGAAGCAAAUUUCCCAGAUAAUAAACUUACGCUGUACUUGGCACAAGACGGAGGACAUGUGCUGAGGGUUACUUUCCAUGACACCUCCUCGUGGUGUCAUGAAAUAACCUGGAUCUGUACACUUAUACCCGGCAAAUACUCCCCCUAUUUCAACUCAGAAUUCCCGAAACAGUUAUCUGCGUUGAAGGAGCAGUUUGCAACUCAUGGACGCCUGGCCAGCAUACAGAUCGACCAGUGGAUGUUUGUCUUCGGACAUGAUACAGAGGAUACAGCCAGUGAUAUGCUGCGUGGAUAUCCAAGUCUUAAAAAAAUAAUUUUGAAGUUUCUCCAUGACAUUGAUGCACAUGUGACAGAUAUCACGAUGAAGUCACAAGUAAAGAAAGUAGAUGCAGCAGCAGUAAAGAGAGACCAAGGCCUAGAAACAGCGCCUGGAGGUACGACUGAUCAUGACAUACCAUGCACAGACAAACAUGAUGUCGAUGAUGACGCCUCUCACUCACAUCCCCAGAAGAAGGAAGGUAGUACAACGUAUACUGGAAUGACUGGCAACAGCAGGGCAGAACAUUCCUUUGCAGCCGGGCAAGCUAAUAUAGGUAACACGAAUAUUAACAUCACGCUUUAUCUCGGUGAAUCCUCUGGAAAAGCUGCCUGCAGAACUAGCUGGAAAACCACAAAUGAUAUUCCUCAAAUGACCUUCAUUGACUUUGAAAGUUUAGCGACUCUACUGGAGAAAAUGUUUAAUGCCUUCUUGGUACUUGUUCGAAGCGGAUGUAUGGUGUUUUGUUUUGAACAUGAGUCCAAGGAGGAUGCUACAAAUAUGAUUAUAAGGCACGCGGAGGUCAAGGAGGUCAUCCUCCACUUCUUGCAGGAACUGGACCCAUCAAUACAGGACAUCAGAAUGAAGGUAGAGUUUCGAGAGCUGUGUCAGCCAGAGGAGCAAACAGCAGAUACAUCAGAAACACGGCCUAGAGGGAUGGCGGAUCCUGAACAUAAGGAUGAGCAGGGCACAUCUCCCUCACAUCCGCAACAGAAGGACGAAACAUCUCACCUACAUAUCCAGGAAACGGGCGACAAUAGAUCUUCUCUCGCCCAUUCCCCACAGAAAAAGAAAAAAUACGAGGACACCUGCCUCCCACAUCCCCAGAAGACAGAAGAAGAUAAAACGUCUCUGCAACAGACGGACGAGGACACCUCUCACCUACAACCCCAGGAGGUGUACGUAAAGGAAAAGUUCAAAUAUCAACCCAUCGGGAUAGAGAAAGACCGCUACCUCUUCUUCGCCAGCGAGGCCGGGAACCUGGAGGAGGUGAAGCGGCUCCUGACUACACUAGGGGUCAACGUCAACUAUAGAGGAGAGGGGAGCAGAACACCGGUGAUGGCGGCAGUAGUGAGGGGACACAGAGACGUGGUGAAGCUCCUGGUGAAUAAAGGGGCCGAUGUGUCACUGGUGGACAAGGACGGUAACAACAUCCUUCACUACGCCUGUAUGGAAGGAGAUGUGGAGACGGUGAAGUGUGUGCUGUCUCGGAACAUGGUAGACAUCAACAGUAGAGGACAGAGGAGCAGGACACCGGUGAUGUUGGCAGCAGGAUGGGGAAACGGAGAGUUGGUGGAACUCCUGGUGAAUGAAGGGGCUGAUGUGUCACUGGUGGACGAUGAAGGUUACAACAUCCUUCACCUCGCCUGUAUGAUAGGACACUUGGAGACGCCGGAGUUUGUGCUGUCUCAGAACGUGGUGGACAUCGACGCCAGGGACAAGCGGGGGCAGACGGCGGCCGACAUCGCGAGACGCAAGGGACAUCACCGACUAUUGGAUCUGCUGGUGUCCCGCGGCGCUCAGUGACGUCAGUGUCGUGUUUGUUUAGACGGUGGAGGUGGACAUGUUGUUACAGACAGUGACGUGGUGUGUCGUGCACGUCGUCGUGUUAUAUAUUCCCGGAUUAAGUGAGAAUGUUUGUUGCGUUUGAGGAGAAAUAAAACUUGUUGAAA